AUGUCAUCGAGUAAAGUAUAUUACGACUAUUCCCUGUUCUCUAAUGGAACUUCCUUUAUGGAUGCCUACAACAACUUCAAUCAAGUCCCCAAUUUAAACUUUAUUGAAAAACUUUGGGGCAGUUACUAUUACUACAUGAAUAAUGAUUUAUUUGCUACCGGAUUAUUGUUCUUCGUUACUCAUGAGUUUUUCUACUUUGGUAGAUGUUUACCAUGGGCUAUAAUUGACAGAAUUCCAUAUUUUAGAAAAUGGAAGAUUCAAGAUGAAAAAAUCCCUAGCGAUCAAGAACAAUGGGAAUGUUUAAAACUGGUUUUAACGUCUCAUUUCUUGGUUGAAGUGUUUCCCAUUUGGUUUUUCCAUCCAUUAUGUCAAAAAAUUGGUAUCUCUUUUAAUGUUCCAUUCCCAAGUAUAGGACAAAUGUUGUUACAAUUGGCGGUUUUCUUUGUAUUGGAAGAUACUUGGCAUUAUUGGUUUCAUCGUGGAUUACAUUAUGGCGUUUUUUACAAGUAUAUCCACAAACAGCACCACAGAUAUGCUGCUCCUUUUGGAUUAGCAGCUGAAUAUGCUCAUCCAGUUGAAGUUGCCUUAUUGGGUUUGGGUACAGUUGGUAUUCCAAUCUUGUGGUGUAUCAUCACGGGAAACUUGCAUUUAUUUACCGUUUCAGUUUGGAUUGUCUUGAGAUUGUUUCAAGCUGUUGAUUCUCACUCGGGUUAUGAGUUCCCUUGGUCAUUACAUCAUUUCUUGCCAUUUUGGGCGGGUGCUGAUCAUCACGACGAACAUCAUCAUUAUUUCAUUGGUGGAUAUUCAUCUAGUUUUAGAUGGUGGGAUUACUUUUUGGAAACUGAAGCUGGUCCAAAGGGUAAAGCUGCAAGAGAAGCAAAGAUAAGAAAACAAGCUGAAAAAUUGCAGAAAAAGACCAUAUAA